AUGCGCCUCUCCCUCGAUCGCUUCCUCUUGCUCCUCGUCCUCCUCAUCUCCCCCGUCUCCGCGAUCGGCGCAUCAUGCUUCAAAGUCGUCUCCGCGCUUGUCGGCCGACCGACUCACCUCUUCAACAAGUUCCAGAGUGAAAUCUGUGACCAAGGAUGCAAACCGACAGUUCCGCACUGGGAUCUCUGGACACGAAACAACACAUUCGUCCCCGCCGUGCGCAGCCUCAUGCAGCGCAUGAAUGUCCCCCACAAAGAAGAUGCUCUGCUGAAGAUGGGCGACGACGUGGCUGUCACUAUCAAGCAGAACUGCAGUCCGAUGCUACAUGGAGGUCUACAUAUUUGCUCCGACCCGGAGAUUCUGGCUGGCUUUGGCAACUGCUUCAAGCGCAAUUUCCUCAAGGCUUCGAUCAAGCAUUUGCCUGUGCUAAUCCCAAUGGCCUCGGAUGCCUCGUGCAAGGAGCAACUGAAGUUUUUGGAGAGUGAUCAGCUGUGGGAAGAGACUAUCCCGAACAAUAUGAGAGAAUAUGCUGCCGUUUGCGACCAGUUGGGGCCAUUUGACCAUGAUGAGCUGUGA